CGUCAGCUAGUUAUUAUUCUAUGAUCGAACCGCAACCGGCGCAGCCGCGCCAGUGAGAGUGAGUUUUCAGUUUUCACGCUUCGUAGUUCGUCGACUCGUCGUCCCUCAAAUGCAAUUUUUCUGUUUUAAGAUGUGCGACAAAUCAGUAGUCAACGCUACUUCCAAGUACUUCACUGACAACCUUGAGAAGAAUCCCCAUAAGCGUUUCGUUUCAGGAGAAAGAGUGAAGGCACCGUUUUACAAUCAGCCUUGUGAAGAAUUGGCAAAAUGUCUCCUUGGUAAAAUUCUGGUUCGUCAGCUAAGCAACGGCAGUGUACUUCGAGGGAUGAUCGUUGAGACGGAAAGCUAUCUUGGCGGUGAGGAUUUGGCAUCUCAUUCUUAUGGAGGUAGAGAGACUCCAGCAAACAAACCCAUGUUUAUGAGCCCCGGAACUGCCUAUGUUUACUUUACGUAUGGAAUGUAUCAUUGCUUCAAUAUUUCCAGCAAAGGAGAGGGAGCAGCUGUGUUACUGAGAGCUGUGCAACCAAUUGAAGGUAUUGAAGAAAUGCAGAGGAAAAGAAAACAGUUUAUGGAAAAUAUGUAUGCAAAGCGCAGAGCUAAACGUGGCCUUGAGAACAACAUAAAAGCCUCUCUCUACCAAGAUAAGAAGAUCACCGAAUUGUGCAAUGGACCCUCUAAAUUAUGUAUAAGUUUUGAUAUAGACAUAGCCUCAUGCAAUAAGUGUGAUUUGGUCAAAUCGGAUUCUCUAUGGAUUGAAUAUGGUGCUGAUGGAACAGCUAGUGAGCCAAUGAAAAUUGUUGAAGCACCGCGCAUAGGAAUUGACUCUGCGGGACCUAUCUGGGCAAAUAAAUUGCUCAGGUUUUACAUUUUCGGAAGUGAGUUCGUCAGCCGACAAAACAAAGCUUGUGAAGAAAAUUUACCAAGCUAGCUGAAAAUACAAGCAGCAAAAUCUUCUUUUCCAUCUCCUCUCGACUCAGGUUUUUCAAGUAGGUAAGCAGCUAGAAAGAUUUAUCUUCUCUGCUACCGCUUAGUUAUAAUAAUGGCUGGAUGCUUAGAGCAGUCAUAGCUCACAAUGAAUACCUUGUCAGUAUUUUAUACUGUCCACUCUUACAAGAAUCCUUUCACGGCCAUUCCA